GACUACGUCGAGAGCAUUCGGGCUGAGGUCGACUUGUCCGAUGACCCGAUCUUGAGGCUUCCUGAAAUCAAGUCCCUGGCAUUUGCGGCCAAGCAGGCUGUCCUGGACGAGUUGGCGGAGGCGGUCCCAGUGUUACCCAUUCAAAAGAUCUCCUGGAUGCUGGCAACUCAGAGGGCCAUUACGAGAGGCGACCGUCGAGUCUUGCGCAAAGCUUGCCGUGGCUUCCCAGAGCUGCUCGAGUUUGUAGACAUUGAUGCAGCCCAGUAUAUCGACUUUGAUAAGUUUCACCAGCUGAUGAACCAGCUGAACUCGGAGCACGUGGAUGCGAUGCAGGGUGAAAACCUUGCCAGCGACGAGGCCCCUAGCAAGAAGCAGGUGCCCGAGCGCUCCGCGAUCACUGGCAGCAAGUCUUUGAUGAGGUUGAAGUUCUUCCUGAGGAUCUUUCAUGAGGCACUCUACGAGCUGUAUGAGGCUCUGCUUGCAGGUGCUAAGCUACCUGACCAGUUUAACCUUGCCCUCAGCGUCUUCCUGCCGAAAGGGACUGAGCGCGAGGACCAGUACGUGAUCACUCGCCAGCCGUCCGUCACUCGACCAAUAGCCCUCAGCAACACCGACAACAAAAUAUUAAGUAAAAUGAUAGGCUGGUACCUUGCCCCGAUUGCGUCGGUCACGGUCGACCACAGUCAGAGAGGCUUUGUAGGCGGGCGCCAAUUAGCCGAGAACAUUAUUGAGCUUGAAGCAGUCAUGCUCCGCUGGGUUUCAAUAUGCGGCGAGAAGGAAGGCGGCCACGCCUUCUUCGAUGUCGCCAGCGCCUUCCCCUCGCUGGCCCACUCGUUUAUCUUUGCCGUGCUGCGCGAGAUGGCUCUUCCACCAGCGAUUGUUUGGGCAAUCCGAGAGCUCUAUCGGGACAUCUCGAUGAUCGUGUCGUUCAGAGGCGUCCAGGAGUUCAUGAUUCGCUGUGCUCGGGGGGUUAAGCAAGGUUGUCCGCUUUCUGGGCUGAUUUGGGCGUUAUGCUUCGACCCGAUCAUUCGCAAAAUGAAGUUUGAGCUUUCUGGAUUUCAGGUUCGGCUCGGAGUUUUUGCAGAUGAUCUUGGAUUAGCCGCGCGCCACUUCUUCCAGUGCUUCCCUGUAGUGAUGAAGGAAUUCGCCCUCGUCCUCCAAGCGGCAGGUUUGAAAGUCAACACCCACAAAACCUACAUCAUUAUCUACGCCGACCUCACCAAAGCCCAGGUUCUGGAAAAAAUGAAUGCUGCUGGAGUGGAGGGGGAGGAUUUCAAGAUAGUUGCCGCUGCUAGGUACCUGGGGCUGUUCCUUGGUUUCAACAGCGCAGAGGCCUCGUGGGCCCACCCGAUUGCUGAAUUUCGGAAGAGGAUCUACCACGUCAAGAGCUUGAAAUUGGGGCUUCUGGCAAGCCUAUCGGCCUACAACAUGGUUUGUUUCUCCGUAUUGAGUUUCGUCGGCCAGUUCCUGCCCCCGCCUCAAGAGGCCCUCAGGACAGUCCGCGAAGGUCUCCAGUCUCUCACGAACGGCCCGAGGCACGCGUUCCCGCCGCUCGUGCUGCAGCAUUUAAAGGAGAUUGGUGCGCCGGUUGAGCCGCGACACCUCGAGCUUGAAUGUCGAGCUGCUGCUUACAGAUUGGCAGUUCGCAGUCCACAGGUUUACCUGGAGCGCUUGGCAUGGGAGGAAGCCGAGGCCGAUGAUGAGCGCGUUCUGGCUCCGAAGUACCGGGCCUGGGUAAAUCAGUCUAUCUUCAUGCAUCUCUCGAAAGUCCAAGAAGAGUUAGAGGUCGUACACAGGUGCCCAUACGACCAUGUAGAAUCUAACUUGCAGCGGAAAGUCUACAAGCUAUUAUACUCGCGGUCGCAGAUUCCCUCGAUGCCCCAGUUAUUACUGCCUAGGCUCCAGCACUUCGACCCCUCAGCCACCAUUGCAGAUGCCGAUCGGAUGUUCUUGAAUAUCAGUACCCUCGCUCGUGACUUGCCCUUCUUCAUCACGACUGCUCAGCUCAGAAGUAUCUGUAACGGGUG